AUGGCAAGGCGGUACACAUACUUAAAUAUGUUUCUUGGUUUCCUGUUUGGAAUUGGAAUUGCAAACCUGAAAGUAGAUCCCUUAGUUAACACUGAUUUGGGUUUAAUACGAGGAGUGAGAGCUAAUGAUGGUGACUACUCCAUGUUCAUGGGUAUACCAUAUGCCCAGGUCAAUGCCUCGAAUCCAUUUGGGGCAGCUAUACCACAACCGCCAUUUGAAGGCUUAUUCGAAGCUGACGAUGAUUCAGCAAUAUGCCCACAAAUUGAAGAGAUCAAUUACACCAUUAUGGGAUCACUCGAUUGCCUACAUUUAAACAUAUACGUGCCUAGUAUAGCUAACUCUCAGAAAAAGCUCCCAGUUUUAGUGUGGAUACAUGGCGGAGGAUAUAGAAGUGGAUCCGCAGGACGCUAUCUCUUUGGACCCAAAUUUAUUGUUCGCCAUGAUGUUAUUCUAAUAACCAUGAAUUAUAGACUUGGGGCUUAUGGUUUUAUGUCCCUUGAUACACCAGAAAAUCCUGGUAACGAAGGACUCAAGGAUCAACUUAUAGCUCUUAAAUGGAUCAAAAAGAAUGUAGAAGCAUUUGGUGGUGACUCAGAUAAAAUAACUUUAUUUGGAGAAAGUGCUGGAGGUAGAUCUGUAGAUUUUCAUCUCCUAUCUCCUAAUGAAAAACUAUUUGAUAAGGUUAUUAUUCAGAGUGGUACAACACUAGGACCUGCAUUUUAUGCACCUCACAAAGAUGCACCUUUGAUACUAGCUACCCAUCUUGGCUUAGUUACUGAAGAUAAGAGUGAAGCCAUUUCAUUUUUAGCAUCAAUUCAUACUGACCUGAUUGUUGCCGCUACCUACGAAUUAGGACUUGUCUUUAGACCAUGUCUAGAGAAACCGUUUGAAGAGGUUGAUGCAUUUAUCACCGAAAAUUGGAUUGAAGCAAAUGUUCCCAAAGUAAGAGGAAUGCCUAUUCUACUUGGAUUUACAGACGAUGAGAAACUUGUGGAAUAUAUUAAUCAACCAAAAUCAUAUUUUGAAAACCUCAACAAUAUAUUUUACGAGAGAUUACAUUUUGGUUUUGAUGUCGAUAGUCCAGAUUUUGAAGGCAUGAUAGAAUCUGUCCGUCGUUUUUAUAUUAGCGAUGGAACAAAUGAUGAAAAUGUCAAAUACCAAAUUUCCAAUUUUGAUUCAGACUUUACUUAUAUUCAUCCAACUUCCAGAAGUAUUUCCAAAUACCUAGUGAAUGGUGCUGGUAAUAUUUACCAAUAUGUCUUUUCAUAUAAUGGUGAUAGAAGCUUCGGAAAGAGGGAUAAAAACUUCACUGACAGUAUCGCAGGAGCAGUACACGCUGACGAAAUUGGUUAUUUAUUCGAUGCUAGAUAUUAUGAUCAAACUCCGUCUGCUGAUGAUCAAUUAGUUAUAGACCGAAUAACGAUGCUCUGGACCAAUUUCGCCAAAUACGGAAAUCCAACACCAAUUUUUUCUGAACUGCUACCGAUUACAUGGACUCCGAUAACUAAGAAUUCUCUGCAGUUCUAUUUGGAUAUAAACUUAGAACUAAGUUUGGGGGUUCGACCAUUCCACAAUAGAAUGGCGUUCUGGGAUUUAUUUUACCUUGCCAACGUAAAAUUACAAAGAAUGUACCCGGGAACAGAGGAUGGUAACUCGUCUUUUUGCUCACUCAGCGACGAUUGUUCGUUUGAUAAUGUGGUUGAUUUGGGCUCUCUCGUUUCGAAAGAAUUCAGUGCCACUGCCACUGAAACUUUGAACGUUUGCCACAUUAAUGCUCAGAGUAUUCCUUGCCACUAUACAGAACUACUGAACACUUUCACGCCUAGUUCUGUAAUCCAUGCUAUUCUGAUUUCGGAAAGUUGGUUGAAGCCCUGUUUGAGCUCAGUGUCUGUUGACCUACCAGGUUACACGCUUAUCCGAAAUGAUAGAAUAGAUUACAAACAUCACAUAAUCAUGGGCGACUUUAACACGGAUCUCUUAAAAGAUUCUUUUCCUCACGAGGUUUUCGAUCAAUAUUUGAGUCUGUGAAUUUCUCUAUUUUACCGCUUGGUCCUACUCAUCAUAACAUCAUCACUCAUGACUCAUGGAUUGACCAUAUUGUAACAUCCUCCCGAGACCAUGUCUUGAAACAUGGUCAGCUGUCGGCACCGGGGUUUUCGAAACACGACCUGAUUUUCUUAGCAUUCAAAUUGAAACCCCCUAAAGCUAAGCCGGCUAUAGUACGCAUUAGAAACAUCGCGAGGCUUAACAUAGAGAAGCUUGUAAUGGAAGCAAAGGCCAUCGAUUGGUGGCCUGUAUAUGGUGCGUCCUCAGUGAAUGAUAUGGUCACCGCCUUCAAUGCUGCGGUUAUUGAAUGGUUUGAUCACCAUGCACCAAUUAAAGCGGUCAAGCUGAGGCGACCACCUGCUCUCUGGAUAACUCCUUUGGUGCUCAUUGCCAUGCG